AAACACUUUUUCUCACAAAAACUUUGAAAAUUAUGGAAUCGGAAGCUUCAUCGUUCGAGUCUAGUGAGACUUUGGCAGCUCUUGUGGCAUCGACGCCGUUGCUGGAGGAGUCAUGGAAGGUUUGUGGCGUCGCCGAUGCAUCGGUCGAUAGCAAUUUCGCCGUCAAUCGAGUUGGUGGGACAGCCUAUGUGGGAUUCUCCGGCGUAAAAUUGGGCACCAGAGUGGACCAAAGUUGCCGGAAUUUAGUGCCGCUUCCGGAUGAACUUUUCUCUUCGUUGUGCUUGGAUGGGGCGGAUCCGGCAAUGGUCCAUGCCGGAUUAUUGCAACUUUUUCAAUCAGUUUACAGCGACAAUUUAUUCCGUGAUCAGAUGGUAGAAAUAAUGAACACAAGCAAGUCAAUAGUCAUAACAGGACACUCAAUUGGAGGAGCAAUUGCAUCCCUCUUAACUCUCUGGCUUCUCUGCCGUCUGCAAACUAUUUGCUCUGUCAUUUGCAUUACCUUUGGCUCUCCAAUGCUUGGCAAUGAGUCCUUUUCCAGAGUCAUUCUUCAAAAAAGAUGGGCUGGACAUUUUUGUCAUGUUGUUUCACAGCAUGAUAUUGUCCCAAGACUGUUCUUUUCCCCAUCAUGUUCUUUCCAGUUUAUUUCUGAGGAAAACAAGACUCAGCUUUUCCGCGUUGUGUUGGAUUCUCUUGGAGUUGUAUCAAGAGGUGAAUGUAAGAGUUCAUUUUGUCCCUCUGGGAGCUACUUGUUCUGCACCAACAAUGGUGCAGUUUGUGUCGAUAAUGGGAUGGUUGUCAUUAAGUUGCUUUACUUGACCUUACUGAAUGGCUCGCAAAGUUCUAGCCUUGAGGAUCAUCUUGGUUAUGCUGAUUUCAUUCGGAAAGUUCAGUGGCAAUUUAUAGAGAAUAGAAGCUUCAUGGGAGGCAAUAUACCGGAGUCGAGCUAUGAAGCAGGGAUAACAUUGGCACUGGAGUCAUUAGGAAUAGCUUCUCAUGAAUUGAAUUCCGAAGAUGCUAAGGAAGCCCUGAAAAAGGCAAAAAAGUUGGGUCGAACUCGCAACCUCAACAGCGCCAACCUUGCAAUUGGUUUAUCCAAAAUCAAUCCAUUCAGAGCACAGAUAGAGUGGUAUAAAGCAUCUUGUGACAAUUCUGUUGAACAAAUGGGAUAUUACGAUUCAUUCAAGCAAAGAGGUGCCUCGAGAAGAGAUUUUAAGGUCAAUAUGAACAGGAUCAAACUUGGUCAGUUUUGGGAUUCUUUGAUUGACAAGUUGGAGGCUAAUGAACUGCCGUAUGAUUUUCACAAACGUGCAAAGUGGGUAAAUGCUUCUCAGUUCUACAAACUCGUUGUCGAGCCACUUGAUAUUGCAGAGUACUACAGGACUGGGAUGCAUCUUGUGAAAGGCCACUACAUGCAGCAUGGAAGGGAGAGAAGGUACAAGAUUUUCGAUAAGUGGUGGAACACUGAGAAUGGCACUGAUCAUCCUACUGCAAGGAGCCGGUUUGCAAGUUCUACACAAGAUUCAUGCUUUUGGGCUCAGGUUGAGGAGGCAAUAGACAGUCUUAUUAAGGUAAGAGCUGAAAGCGAUGCAAGAAAGUUUAUCAAGAUGUUGGAAGAUGUCACAAAGUUUGAUCAAUAUGCUAAAAGAUUGAUCGAAAAUAAGGAGGUUUCGCAAGAUGUUUUGGCCAAAAACUCAAGCUACACUAAGUUAAUAGAGGAAUGGAAGGAUUUCCAGUCUCAGUUACAGCUGCUCCAACCUCAGUUUCCUUGAAUUCUUUAAGGUAGAAAAUAGCUUGAGGAUUGUUGGUCUAUUUAGGGCAUUAAUCUCUAUAUAUAGCAAUAAAGAAGCUCAACUUAAACAUCUGUUAUUUUUCCUCAAGAAAAACAUAUA